AUGUGUGCUCCUGAUAGAAAUGUAUCCUUUGCGCAGACUUUCCUAUUCAGGUGUGAGCAGGUUCGUUCUGAAUACGAGGACAAAUCAUCAUAUCUGAAGUCACCCGAUCUAACACUAACUGGACGCGAGGUUCACUACCUUGGGAAAAAUGGAGAGCUUCUUGGUGCAUCUUUGGCCUCUCAGGGUACCAGGAGAGGAGGAGCUGUUGUUUGCGCUCCACUGAUGCGGUUUCACAAUACAAGUGCAUACCCUCAAGGCGUUUGCUAUGAGUUGAACUCCGAUCUCACUUUGGGCGGUACGUACACGACUUGUCUCCAGAAGAAUCUUCCCAAGCUCGAUCGGCACAACGAAUACGGAGCAUGCAUGGAAGGAUUCUCAGCUGCUAUUUCUGAAAACGUUAUGGUGACUGGAUUGAUUGGUGCAAUGAAGUGGACAGGUGGAGUGUACGCACGCAAAGCCGAGGGAGGAAUUUUCGGCACCACUAUCGAAAAAUAUACAAUGGCGCCCGAAGAAGGAGGAGUAAGGACAAUGCUGGCUGCUCAUGAUUACCUUGGUUAUUCGGUGGACGUUGGGCGAUUCGGAUUCUGGUAUGAAAAUGGAGAGAAGGCCACAAUAGUUUCUGGCGCCACUCGAUUUGGGCAACAUGGAGCUGUGGUAUUUCUUCCUUUCACCAAGGAGCGUGGAGACCUGCUGACGUUCACGGAAGAUAGAUUUGUAAUAAAUGGCACUAAAAUGGGAUCAGCGUUUGGCUACGCGAUUGAGGUUGUUGACCUGAAUAACGACGGAUUUGACGAUCUGAUUGUCGGCGCUCCUUUCGAGCAUCGAGCUGAUGCUGAUGGGCAUUUUGGUGGAAUAGUUUAUGUUUAUUUCUCACAAGGAAAACAGCGUCAAAAAGGUGAAUCAUCGAAAGUUUUCCAUUCUCCGAUCAUUCUGAAGGCACCCGGAUUUUUCUCUCAAUUCGGUCUUUCGAUAACAAAGCUCGGAAAUCUUGACGGCGACAAGCGUGGUUACAACGGUAUGAUUUUUCAAGAGUUAGUUUGGCUUUUGACAAUGUUCUUGGGCAACAAUACCUGUGCUCCAGAUUUCGCUGUCGGUGCUCCAUUUGCCAAUGACGGAAAAGGAGCUGUAUACGUGUACCUUGGUGAGAAGUCCAAAAAAGAGUUCAGAAAAACACCCGCUCAGGUUAUCAUGAGUUCCGAUCUGCCAAAUCUCCGCCGUCCGGUAAAGUCGUUCGGAUUUUCUUUAUCUGGUGGCUCUGACCUUGACAGCAACGGUUAUCCUGAUCUCGUUGUCGGAGCGGUCACUGGAGAAGUUGUCACGAUAUUACGAUCACGACCUGUGAUUAGCAUCAUGGCCUCGCAUAAGACAGCAAGUCCAUUUAUUGAUAUUGAGAAGGGUAGAAACUGUCCGCGAGGUGCCAAAACAUGUUUCCCACUUGAUCUCGAAAUUUUUGUUGACCGCGAUCCUUCCAAAGGAGCUGAUCUGGUCGACUUCAAUUCGAAUGUGUUCAUCUGUAACUUGGAGGUGAUUUCUGUCAAACAGGGAGUUCCGCUGAGAGGGUACAUUGCCAGAUCUGCUUCAACAAAUCAUAGUUGGCCAUGUGGUCGAGAUGCUCACCGUAAACCACAGAAGUCUACGGAAACUAUUUAUAUACCUGAAAAUGACAAUGCUGCGAAGGACUGGAUAAAUCCCCUGAAAUUCCGUUUCACCGUGCGGAUAAUGAAUGAACGGAAACCUUUCCAUCCGGCUGAAGGACGUCCAGUUGUUGAUUUGAAGCAAUAUCCAAUUCUCAACAAGUACGGUGCCAGUUACGAGUUUGAGAUACCUUUUAAUACGAGAUGUGGUGAAGACCAAGUGUGCCAGACUGACCUAGUACUGAAAGCAGUAUUUGUCGACAUACCAAAAACCGAGAAAGGAUACGUGUCGAAUGUGGGCGAUAAGGAUUAUCUAGACAUUACGUUCACGGUUGAAAAUCGUAAAGAAAAGGCGUAUCAAGCAGCGCUGUUUCUCACCUACGAUCCAGAAGAACUCGAACUUCCUAUGGUUGUCGGAGGAGCAAAACUUGGCUGGGAGACAGUUGGCAAAAAUGUUGUUGUGGUUCACCUGGGAAAUCCAAUGGAUUCCAGUUCGAAGCACUCAUUCGAUCUUCGCUUCAAG